UUUUUAGACACUAAACUACAAGAGAAGAGGGAAAUGAUCUGUUAUCUGCUGGAAUCACAACAGACCCGCAGGGGAACUGAAUGUUUUCUCUGGGUGUCUCGUGCACCAUAUGUACAUUAGCCAUGCACUGUCGUCCUGCAGGUUUUGUAUAAUGGUGUAGUGCAGGUUUAACCUGGUGAACAUGGACUGCGCGGCGUUUACGGAGCAAAACACAGAAAGAAGUGUUUGUAUCGUUGGAUCGGAGCUAGUGGAGAACUACACGGUUUAUAUAAUCGAGGUGAAGGUUGGGGAUCACCGGUGGACCAUAAAGCAUCGCUACAGUGACUUCUAUGAACUGCAUGAAAAGCUUACUUCAGAGAAGAAGAUUGACAAACAUCUGCUGCCUCCUAAGAAGAUAAUCGGUAAAAAUUCCAAAACCCUUGUGGAAAAGAGGCAGAAGGAGCUGGAGGUGUAUCUGCAAACUUUGCUCAACCGAUUCCCUGUGGCUGUACCAAAAGUUUUAUCCAUCUUUCUACACUUCCAGUUCUAUGAAAUCAAUGGCAUCGCUGCUACCCUGGCAGAAGAUCUGUUCAACAGAGGUGAGCAGUUGUUAGUUGCCGGUGAGGUUUUCCUCCUGAGGCCGCUGCAGCUCUAUGCCAUCACACAACAGCUGAAGCUGGCCAAACCCACCUGUGCCAAUGGAGAUGCCAAGGCAGAUCUUGGCCACAUACUGGACUUUGCCUGCAGACUCAAAUAUCUCAAGAUCCCUGGGACGAUAGGAGUUGUGGGCACCAGCAAUAUUGAGGAACACAGGCUACCAUUUGACCUUUCUGUCUUUAAAUCAGUGCUCCAGAUUGAGAUAAAUGACUGCAGCUCAGGACAGAUAAGGGGACUUCCUGCAUUAAAGCCCACUCUGGCUACACUCAGUAUUCAUCGUUCAGCUGCGUCCAUGAAGGAAAUUUUAGUUCCCGAAGCUGCUGAAUUUGCCCAGUGGGAGCCUGAAGGCGUGGACAUUGACUGUACAGUGACAGCAAUCAUUCCAACCUGGAAGAUACUGACCACCCUGGACAUGAGCCACAAUAACAUCUGCUGCAUCGACGAGUCUGUGAAAUUGAUUCCUGCAGUUGAAUUCCUUGAUCUUGGACACAAUUUCCUGUCAUUGGUGGAAAAUCUCCAGUAUCUAUACAACCUAGUGCACUUGGACCUGUCCUAUAACAAGCUCACAGUCCUCGAGGGUGUUCACACUAAACUGGGCAACAUCAAGACUCUGAAUUUGGCGGGGAAUCAGCUUGAAACUCUUUCUGGUCUCAGUAAACUUUACUCUCUUGUGAACCUGGACUUGAGCAGUAACAGAUUAGCACAGUUGGAUGAAAUAAAGUACAUUGGAAUGUUGCCCUGUUUGGAAAAACUUUCCCUUGCUGACAACCCCAUGUGCAUCAUUCCUGACUACAGAACUAAAGUUUUGGCACAGUUCUGUGACAGAGCAUCAGAGGUUUGCUUAGACGGCACAGUAACCACUGAGAAGGAGCUGGAUACUGUCGAAGUGCUGAAAGCCAUUCAGAAAGCCAAAGAAGCGAAAGACAGAAUGGCAAACACUGAAAAAAAGAUUAGUGAUGUCCCCAGACAGACUGAUGCAGGGCUGAAUCCCUCAUCCUCCAGCUCCGUCGCUGCUCCGCAGUCUUCUUCUUCUUCUUCUUCUCCGCUUCACUGUGCCAGCUCCAGCCAAGAAAUAGCCUGCAAAGAUGACGCCUUUCUUACCAAAGAGAUAUUGACUCAUGUGGAUUCUACACUUACCCAGCGAUGCUGUAAUAACUACCCCACAGCCUGUGAGGUUGCACCUCAGGUUAGAACUCAACUUACUACCUGUUCAUCUUUGGAGAUCAGUUCUGAGCAGAAGCAUGAAAGUUCUGGCUGCUUUUACUGUGAAGAAAACCAGGAAUCCUGGUCCAACAGAUACUCCACACCAGUGCUACCCUUCUGUUAUUUGUCCUACACCACCACCAACUUGGACUUUGUUACCCGGCUUUCCGAUUUGAUCUGGCAAACAGAUAUGGAGAGUAAAACAUCCAGCGAAUGCAGGACCUCUUCAGUGGAUGUGACCGAGCAGGGCAGCCCUGACUCCAGGAGCAGUUACUUUGAGAUGGGCCCAGAUCACAGUGAUGAGAUCAUGGGCUGCUCCUCCUCUUCCACACUUCAGGACAACGAUCCUGAGAAUGUGGAAAGCUCAAGUGUUCAGAUAAAUCUGAUUGUGUGGUCUCACUGCAUCAGUGUGGGCCAAGAUGGAGGUCUGAAUCAGAUGCCGUGCUGUUUGGCUGCAACGGAUAAAGCACUGGUGGUUCUUCAGGCACGGUCCAAAGAGACUCCACAUAACUUAGAGGAGCUAAUGGACUGCAUUAAAGUAGCACUGAUGGUGCCAUAUUCAGACAUGGAGGCAUUUUGGUUUGACAUUCCAGACACUUGCAUCUCCUUAAGGUUGAAGUCCAGUGCCACACGAUGGUACUUCUUCUCAGAUGGACAAAAUUUGAAGGAGAUCCAUUCUCAUGUGAACUUGCUUCUGGAUAGAACUCAAAGUGAACGUAUCAGUGGACAGUCUAAUGUCCAGUCGUUCAUUCAGCAGUUUCUAAAUUCCUGGGAAAUCGAAGAGAAUGAUAGCGGAGUGAAAAGUGGAUACAUAGCUCACGUCCUGGACCGUGCCUCAUUGGUUCAAAGAAGUCAAAACAGCUCUGUUCCUUCUGACAUUUUAUCUCCAGUCCAUGAAAGCCAGACCUCCAUCCCAUUACUUCUGUUCCUCACAACACGACAUCUCUGUGUGCUCAAGGUCGAUUUCGUGGCCAUGGCGUCAAAACCCAAUGGAAAUUGCAUACGCUCUUGUGCCAAGUUAACCAGAAUUCCACUCGCAUCUACAUUGCUGAACCCCAAGCAGAGUCGAACUGGACAAAGCAGUUCAGUCACCCAUCGCUUUUGUGAUGGCCAUGUUUUAGAGCUCAUGGCAGGGCAUGAGCACCUAGCUGCCAUUUUCACUCUUCCCCAUGACAAGUUUCUGUUUCUGAAGCAGUUCGCGCAGUUCCGCGCCAGCCUUCGAGACAUCAAGACCAUCGCUCUUCUGCAGACCAGUAAACACCACCUGAGAGUGAACAGCACAACGCCUAGCAAAGCUACCCAGAAAAAGAGUGGUUCUCAGGACACACAGAAGCCCCAUUUAACCCUGUCUCUGCUCAACCCUGGAGACUCACUUAUCCAGCAGCUCUCGGAUGAAAACCAGUGUCCGUCCCACCUAUCUCUGUCUUCAGCCCUGCGUCACCUUUCCUCAUUGAGGGGUGAGGAGGCUAUAAUCUUCUUCCAUGAGAACAUCGCAGAGGUGGAGAAUGAAGAACUAAGGCACAUCCUGUGGACAUCUGUGCUCUUCUACAAAUCACCUGAUGUGGAGUUGACCGCCUGCGUUAUGCUGUCUACCAAAGCUGUUUACUUUAUCCUGGACGAUGUUGCGUCCACGCUCAGUGAUCAAGCUUUGAUGUGGAACUGGCACCCGUCAGACCACAAGGACACCGAUUUCCUCAUCUCUUUUUGCUUUGCGAUGAAGCUGAAUGAGCUGCAGAGUGUGAACGUGGGACUGUUUGACCAGUACUUCAGAGUAGUGGGGCCCUCUCCGGAACACAUCAUCUCAUGCCUGACCAGAGACAGCUACAGCACACACCACUUUCUUCAGCAACUGAUGAGUGUGCUGUCUUUACUGGAGACAGCACCCUCACCAGAGCCCUCAGACCAAGACUUCUACACACAGUUUGGCAAGAAGAGCACAGGCAAAAUGGAGAACUACGAGCUGGUGCACUCAAGCCGGGUGAAGUUUGUCUACCCGAGUGAGGAGGAGAUCGGUGACUUGACCUUCAUCGCAGCGGAGAGGAAGGGCCCUCAGGGACCUGCGCACUCGUUUAACGUCCUCUUCUACGCCCUGGUGUUCCAGGUGCAGAGCGGUCCAGGUGCGAGGGCCGAGCUGCAACCGAAGAGCCUUGUUCUGAGCAGCACGCAUGUCUUCCUACUGGACGAGGACUACAUCAGCUACCCGUUGCCGCAGUUUGCCAAAGAGCCGCCUCAGAGGGACAAAUACAGGCUCACGGACGCCCGCAGGAUACGAGACCUGGACCGUGUGCUCAUGGGAUACCAGCCGUACCCACAGGCGCUCACACUGGUCUUUGAUGACGUGCCUGGACCCGAUCUGCUGUGCCAUCUGACCAUGGACCAUUUUUCGGAUGAGAAGGAGAGGAAACGGAUGCAGGGCGGUGACGGGGCUGAGAGCGAAGUACAGUGGUGUAUUUUUGUGCCAGGUGCAGACAGCAGGGAGAGACUGAUCUCACUUCUGGCUCGCCAGUGGGAAGCGCUGUGCAGCCGGGAACUUCCGCUGGAGCUCACGGGAUAAUGGAGGCUAAAUGGUAAUAGAAAAACAAAUCUAGAAAGACUGUCUCUAAAAGAUGACCGGGCUUAGUCUUAGCUUCAGUUUUAGUCUCAGCUUUAGUUUUCUUUAUGAAGACUUCAGGCAUCCAGGGUUGGGCAAUAUGGCAUAAAUUAUGAUAAUGUCAAUAUGGGCCAACAGAGUUGAAAGUUGAACAUGUAAAGUUGAGAGUGACAGAACACACCAGCAUGACAGUUAGUGACCUGUGAAAAUUUAUGCAUUUAACAAUUUAACAAAGGAGAUACAUACAAAUAAACAGCAAAAAAUAAACAAAAUAAGGUCAUAACAGCCAGACAUCAUUCAGCUACUUCAAUUUGGCCUCCAUGCGCUCUGUAAUUGUUCCUGAUUUCUUUUGUCAGUAGUUUAUUCACAGCAGCAUUACUAAUGUCCAGAUCUUUUGCACACAGAUACAAACUCUGUUUUAUUAUGGCGGCAGGAACCUGCUUAAUCAGACAACCGUUAAGGAACUUUGGCAGAUAUUGCGUUUGGGAUGUCCUUCAGUGUCAUCACACGUAAUCACUUUUAGCGCUUGUGACAGUUGCUCUGCUAACCUGAGGAUGAAUUCUGAACUAGCUAGCUAGAUUUUCAGAGAUCCUGGGGGUGGAGCUUUGUGAACAUGGCUGGGAGAGGGAAAAAAAAACUUAUCUAAUACACCUUUAAUUGCUAGCCAGAUACACUAGCUACCUAAGACGUAAGAUAAGACGUUAUAUUAACUAAUUUUAAUCACAGAAUAACUUCUGGCAAUCUGGCAACACAGAUGUUAUUUAUUUAUUUUUUUUGUAAAUAUACUCUAAGCAUGGCUUGCAACACUUCAGUUAAAUUGAUCGUGCAUGUAUGGUCUUCUUAAUUGUUGGGUUGUUUUAUGAACAACUAUUAAAACUACCUAAACUUUUAGAUUUUCUGCUUAUUUUUUGCUACUAAAAUGAAUAGUUUUUACUAUUAAAUUUUAUUUUAUUGCCCGGCUGAUGAUACCCAUGAUAAGGACAAUGCAGUUUUGUCUGUGUAGUACUGGUGAGUCACGGCAGCCAAAUGUCUUUCAUAGUAUUGAAGAUGCAACUAAUAAUUCAAGAUUCAAGAAUAAUUCAAGACCUAGUAAAUGGCUGGAUAACAGAAAACCUUCAAAGGGAAAACUAAAGCUAAAAAAGCUGAAGCUAAAACAUUGGAUGUGGUUAUCAUCAUGUAGUACAAAGGAAGGAAAGAAAAAUCCUCCCAGCUUACACAAACACACACACACGCACACAUACACACAUUCUUUGUUACAUUUUUACUAAAUCUUUCAACACAAAGCAUCCUGGGAAGUUGUGUAUAGAGUCCACACGAGUGUAAUGUUUUCUUUUCCUUACCAGGCUUCGAACUUCGCUCUUCUUCUCUCACUGCUUAUAUCUUAUUUAUCUGCUGCUGUGUACAAUCUACCAAAUGUAAAUUACUGAAGAGAACUAUGUGUUAUUAAAUGUUGUAUUUUAUUAGAAGUGACAUAAAAUAUGUCGGUUCCUAGCUGAUUUUAAUUAUUGAAUGGUUUCAUAUGUUUUAUGUUUUAAAGUAUUUUGGCUUUUUGAGCAGUCAUUUUGGGUUGUACAGGUUAUAUGCUGUGGUUUACACAAAUAGAAACGUUUACAGGAUGUCACGCAUCAAUGAAUUUGAUUUUAUGCCAUUAUUUGCCUUGGACAUUAGGAACUCAGCAUGCACUUUUGGAUUUUUUUUUUUAACAAAAAUAAACGUGUUUAAUGCA